AUGGAUCCCAGCAACUCUGCUCCUACGACUGCAUGGCCUAGGUUGAAUGAAACCUCAUCAGACCCACCAGCCAACCCAGAACAACCACUUACCGCGGUAUCAUUGCCAACACGCAACUCUAUAUGGGUCGAUGAAGAUGUCUCAACCGCUUAUCCUCAGACUGCACGUCCUAGAGAAGAUCUCCUUGCAUCCUUCUUUCCAUCAGACUCGCCUCAGGUAGCAGCUACGCAAUCUCCAGUUCAAUCUCAUCCAUUAGCAUACCCUCUCGCAUCUGGUUCGAAUCAGACGCUUCCAGUACCAGAAUUCACAGCUCAGAACGAUAGGAGAGUAUCUUCCAAGUAUUCUGAAUAUGAUGUUGACAUUCCUGUACCCCUUUCUGCGCGCUUUCAGCGUGACUUGCGAGAAAUGAUUGGUUCUCCAUCUUCCAUAUAUCCUGAUAGCGCUCUACCCGGUCCCCUUCAUGUAUCUCGAGAUUCUACCCCUAAAUCUUCGGCAUAUCAGGAAGAUAGACAUCCUGAACCUUCCCGCUCACCCAAAUCGAUUCGUCUUUCAGAACUUACCCAAUCUCCCCUGGAAGAGGGCACAUCGGAGCUUUUUCCGGAGUACACAGAAGAUUUUCGCCCAGGUAAAUCUGUACAUUACGUUGUCCCAACAAUCAAUGCCCUGUCCCAAAAUCCCCAACAACCAGAUGUCAAGACUUCUCAUUCCCAAAAAUAUCAACCACAACUGUUAGCACCUCCUGAUUCGUCUCGAGCAAAAUCUCAAACCCGAAACACAAGAUCGUCAUCUAUAAUCAGCGGUCUCGACCAAGAAAUCUAUAGACCUGCAUCCAAAUCCCCCCAAAAUCUAGAUCUCUUCUACGCAACCCAGAAAGACGACAGUAGAUUCAGUCGACACCAUCCCUCAAGCACAGGAUACAUUCAUCGAAAAAGAGCCAGAUCCCUAGAUCGCACCUCCGUGCCCACCAAUCCCGAAGUCGCCAAACUCUGGGACGAACGAAUUAACGCCGGUCGACAACCAUUCACGCCCAGCGAUACGAUCCCCACAUACCAAGAAUUCCGUCGAACAACUCAGCGUGUAGAUUCUCCUAGUUCAGACAGGUUCCCCCUCCCUGCUUCAGCACACUCUCAAUAUGAAGACAUCCCACCUCAUCUGAGACCUGCCCGCGAAUCAGAUUUCAGAUUCGACCCAAAGCUGGUGCAGGAAAUAUAUGAAGAGAGAUGGAAAAUUUCAGAGGGCUAUGAAGAUUUGCAGGCAUAUUUUAGUGAUCCCAAAGAAGGUCCUUAUAAGCAUCUGAAUAUCAAGGAAUGGGUUGAGCUUUUCGAAUACUUGGAAGAGAGGGAUCGAAAAGCAACAGAGAGGGAGAUUAUUUUUGAGUUGAAGGCUAUUUAG